CUUAAACUCUUUAGCCAUGGCUUCAAACAUUCUCAUCUUCAUCUUCCUUUUCUCUGCACUUCUCUCAAGCUCAAAUUCCCAAUCAUUUAUUGGAGUAAAUUAUGGUCAAAUCGCCGACAAUCUUCCGCCGCCUUCAGCAACCGCAAAGCUCCUCCAAUCAACUUCAAUUCAAAAAAUCAGACUUUACGGCGCCGAUCAAGCAAUCAUCAAAGCUUUAGCAAACACCGGCAUCGGAAUAGUCAUCGGCGCCGCCAACGGCGACAUACCCGCAAUGGCUAACGACCCGAGUUUCGCAAACAACUGGAUUAAUUCCAAUGUUGUCCCUUUCUAUCCAGCAAGUAAGAUCAUUCUGAUCACUGUCGGAAACGAGGUUGUGCUUUCCGGUGACCGGAAUUUGAUGAGUCAGCUUUUGCCGGCUAUGCAGAAUCUUCAGAAUGCACUUAAUUCAAUUGGGCUUGGCGGUAAAAUUAAGGUGUCAACUGUUCAUGCCAUGGCGGUUUUGAGACAAUCCGAACCGCCUUCUUCGGGUAGCUUUGACCCGGGUUUUGGUGAUUUGAUGAAAGGAUGGCUUGAGUUUCAUAGAGAAACCGGUUCUCCUUUUCCGAUUAACCCGUACCCGUAUUUCGCUUACACUAGUGACCCGAGACCUGAAACGUUGGCGUUUUGCCUUUUCCAACCUAACUCGGGUCGGUUUGAUUCGGGUAGCAAAAUCAAUUAUAUGAAUAUGUUUGAUGCUCAGGUGGAUGCGGUCAGAUCGGCGUUAAAUUCAAUGGGAUUUAACGAUAUUGAAAUUGUAAUUGCGGAAACUGGUUGGCCGUAUAAAGGAGAUGGUAACGAAGUUGGCCCUAGCAUAGAAAAUGCGAAGGCUUAUAAUGGAAAUCUCAUUGCACAUCUUAGGUCAAUGGUUGGGACACCUUUGAUGCCCGGAAAAUCGAUUGAUACUUAUUUUUUUGCUUUAUACGACGAGGAUUUAAAGUCGGGGCCAACUUCCGAGCGAUCUUUCGGACUAUUCAAGCCUGAUUUAACUAUGACAUAUGAUGCUGGUCUAUUAAAGGGAAACCAGAUGAAUACACCAUCAACCCCAAAAGUAACACCGGUUACACCAAUAUCUAAUGUUCCACCAAAAAUGCAAAAAACCGGGAGUUGGUGCGUUCCAAAGGGUGGUCUACAAGAGGCGCAAUUGCAAACCAAUUUGGACUACUCUUGCAGCCAACAAGAAAAUGAUUGUGGUCCAAUCCAACCCGGGGGAGCUUGUUUUGAACCAAACACGGUUGAGUCGCAUGCUACUUAUGCAAUGAAUCUUGUUUACCAAAAUUUGGGCAGGAAUCCAUGGAAUUGCGAGUUUUCACAAACAGCCAUGCUUACACAGACGGAUCCAAGUUAUAAGAGUUGCCAUUAUCCUGGAUGAAUGAAAAUGGAAAACCAAUUUGAAAAGAGAGAAAAAGGUGGAAGGGAAUUAAUUAUUAAGAAAUAUUGCGUGCAAUCUUAAACUAUGUAAUUUCCACUUUUCCAUUACUUAAGGAGACAACUUCUUAGUAUGUAUGUUUUCCCAUUUUGGCAUGUUUUGUAAUAAACAUCUUUGUUCCAUUUCAUGAG